UACUCCUCAGCAGGGACAGCACAGUGGGUUUGUGGACUAAAAUUAAGGGACCAAAGAGAGACUUCGGAGGUUUGCGGGAACAGUUCAGGAAUUCCAAAUGUGAAUGAGCCGAGGUGUCAUCUCUUUGAAAAUGGAAUGGAGCCCAUUUUAAGAAAACAGCUUCACAGAGACACAAAAACAGGAUAACUCUACAACUUCUGCUGAGACGAGGACACUUCUGUCAAGGUAGACUAUAAGAGACCAGGAUUUAAAAGGACAGAAAGGACCAAGUUUUACAAAAUGCCCUCAGAGACUCUCCAGCACCCACUGAGACAACCUGCAAGGACUGUUAUAGCUGCUACACCUCCACGCCUGCGCCCAAAGGGUCCUGUGGGUCCAGACUUCUACCGGCAGCUCCCAGCAGCAGCUGGGAGGCCGAAGCAGAGUGCUGUGGAGCGGCUGGAAGCAGACAAGGCCAAAUAUGUGAAAAGUCAGGUAGCUCUUUCCAAACAGCAGCCUGUGCGACCUCCGGAAGUCCGGAAACCUCUACUGAGCCCUCGCACGGCUCUGCAGCCCACUAGGAAGACCACAAUGCCGACAAAAGCGAAGCAGGAGGGAGUCCAGCUGGACUUGGCACAUCUGAGUAACCUCAUCAGUGGUGUGAACGACGGUGCAAAAGCAGAGGACAGUCCUGAUGGUACAGAAAGCUCUCCUCAAACAACUCCUGCAGGAGCGCCACAGAAAAAAGAGAGACCAUGUCCCCCUCCUCGUCCUGAUUGGUCCAGUCCAGCUAAAGUGAGACUAAAAGCUUCUGGUCCUACGAGAGUUGAGGCACCCUGUGCUCUUCCCCCCCCCCCUUCAGGGACGGUACGCAGAGUGGACGUCAUGCCUCAGGCUGGCCCUGUGAGGACGCCCUGCAGACCACCUCAGUUCAUCCGACAGCCUCUUCAGCCUCUACACUCCCAGUCUCCGCUCCGCCCGGCUAACUCACACCUUCGCCUCUUCCACCCCAGAACAACAACUCCUCUAAAACCUGUCGUCGCUCCGUCCAAACCUGAACACCUCGCCUCCACUCCCGAUGCAGCCCCUGCCCCUGCUUCACCCUUCCUUAACCUUCCUCUUAUCCCUCCUACUUCUCCUGGCAUCACACGCCUGUCCUCCUCCAGCUCCCGUAAACGCCCCUCUCUGACCCGCUCCAAAUCAGACAUGAGCGACCGCUUCUCCCGAGCUGGCACAGAGCUGGAGCGCUUUUUUAACCUGUGUGGUCUUGACCCCGCAGACCUGCAGGAGUGGACUGGGUCGAGCUCUGACAUCGUGUCUCUCGCACGUUUCCGCAGCGUGAGCGCUCCGGGGUCUGAAGUCGCUGGCUCUGGAAGAGAGGAUAACAACGACGACGAGGAGGAAGAGGAGGAUGGGAAUGCUGCUGCUCGCAUUCCUUACGGUGUUUCUGUUAUUGAGAGAAAUGCCAGAGUGAUUAAGUGGCUGUAUGGACUCCGACAUGCAAAGGACAACCUAAACAAGAGCACAGAUUUAUAGGAUGCAAGGUGGUUAGAUAGUCUGAGAUAAGCUUGAAACAAAAGUGAAAGUUCUGUACGUCAAAAUUUCAUAUGGACUGAUGUGAGUGCGCAACUAGGCUGGAAGUAAGUGAGGUUAUGAUGACAUCACUACCACUCAUGCAAUCUAAUGAUGCUUUUCCUCUGUGUGGUACCAGCUCAACUUUUCCUGACUUUUUAUUUUUCCUUAUGGAUCAUACCUGCUAGGAUUUAGGUUUCAGCUCUGGCUAGGUUCCAAGUGAGCUGAGCUGGUGCUAAAAUAUGUCAGGACACUGCUGACCACAUGGUGGCCAGAGGUUAGGAGUCAUUAGGAGUUUCCCUUGUGGGAUGUCUGACAUGGGUGACAAAAGCCACAGACUGAGAACCAGGUUCACUAUUUUCCCAGUGUCCUCUACUGCAGUGGUUCUUAACUGGUCGGGCAUCAGGACCCACCACCACCUCCAAAAGAGAAAUGGCGACCCAGCAUUUUUCCCAACCACUCAGAUUUAUAUAAUGAAAAAUGUUGCAGUUAGAACCUUAAAUGGAACAAAAUAUAUUUACAAAGCACGUUAUUACUGAAGGACACGCAUCUGAUUUCACUCUAUUUUCCUGAGACAGUAUGGAAAUGUGGUUAUUUCUCAAGGAAUUGCCUCAUUAUGGGGAAAACCUGCUUUGUUAUAAAAGGAAAGGAAAGCGAAAUAAGUGGAAACCUUGAGACAGAUAGUGAAAUUAAUCAACAUUACAGUAAAAUCUAAAAGUUACAUGCAUGAACUUAACUUAUGUCCACUUAGGACGUAGCCUUUAACAUUUUUAUCUUUUUGUGACCCACAGGAAAGAACUCCCUGACCAUUUUUUGUGUCCUGACCCACCUGUUGAGAACCACUGCAUUGUUGUUUUGUUGGAUAUCACAGUGGUUUUCCAUAGCCACACUAUGAAAAUCCAGAUUACUAAGAGUGAGCAGGGCCAAGACGAGACGCUACUGUAUAUGGAGAUCCAUCAUACUAAAACAAUGCAACACUUCUUUCUAAGUAAUACUUUUACAAACGUUCUAUGUCUUUCCUCUUAGUUGACAUGGCUAGAAAGGUGAUAGUUCUGCUUUUUAUUUUUUAUUUUUCUACUGAAGCCAUGGUGGGGGCGGCCCUGUACUAUAGGAUGUUAUAUUGAUUCCAAGUAUUUGGCCGUCUCCAUCGCUAUACAUCAGAGGAGGAAACACCUUUCAAUGUAAAGCACUCUAGAGGGCACAGAUGACCCAGUGGUUGUGACGUGCACAUGUCUUGUCCCUGUUUCUGACUCUAUCCUCAUCUCUAAAAUAAGAGCAUUAAAAGCCCCCAAAAAUCUCUAAGACACUCUAGGACACUACCAACACCCACGACAAUGUACAGUUGAAUAUAAAGUGAACUUAUCACCUUUCUGACUGUGUCAGCAAAGACUGAACAUCAUUUAUAGUAGAGCUGUUGUAUUGGAUUGCAUUAGAUUGAACAGGAUGUCAUGUAAUGUUCUGGCUGAUCAGUGUAGUAGAGGCAGUUUGUCUGUCAGGCAUCUUCCUUUUGCUUUCCUUUUUGUUGAUUUUGAUUUAAUAUUUUUAGUUUUUGUUUUUUAAAGCUGAAAGUUUGAGUAAAUUUGUGUUAAUGAAAGAUUGAAAGGUCAAUUUUUACUUUGAGAGAAGUCUUUACUUUUUUUGUUAAUGACUUUUUUUCUGGACUUUUUCUCUCGUAAUGGGAUGGAUGCUAAAGCGUCAUCUCUGGUCAUGAUCACUGUCUGAGCCUUUAAAAGGACACUAUUAAAGUUUGAAUUAUGCAACAAUCUUCUUCACUACUUUAAUAAACCCACAG